AAUGGAACGUGCAAUUCUCAUUUGGUGUAACGCCUGAUUCUCGUAAUCAUUUACCGUGUCAACUUACUUUUAUACCAUAUAUGAGCGUACUGUAUAUAAUUUGAACCUAAAGUGAUGCUUUAUUGCUGACCUGCAGUUGCGUGCGUCCUGUUCUUUAUAAAUAUUGGAAAAUCCUGAAGUUUAGUCUUUAAUCCAUCUAGACAACUCAGCUUUAUGAGCAUUUUGCUUUAAGCUGGCCUUGAACAAGUGAUACCCAACGUCUCAGAAGAUCAUGUAGUUGUCUGCGGCUUCAAGAAACCAAGUUAACAGGUCCAGAAGAGCAGUGCCCCUGCUGUUGAAGUUUAUCAAUGACCCGAUCAAUCAAUCAACCCACUCAAUGAUGGGUGAGAAAAAUACUUUACAUGACAGCACAGAUGUCAUUUCCAUUCAUGUCGGGCUCGCAGACGUGCUGGAUUCUCGCCAAAUUGGAAAGGAACUGUAUAUAGCAAUAAAGGAAAACCAGCUCAGAGGCUUAAUCGAAAAUCAGGUGUUCUUUGCAGAGAUGCUUGACUGUCUCAAAUAUAAGUUUAAACGCAAUGAAGUCGAGUGGCAACCUCCAACUGAGCGAGUCACACUAAUUAAGCACUUGCAAGCGUUAAUGGGGCUGGAGGAAUGGUCACGGGUAGAAUAUCAUUCGAAGUCUCUCGAUACGCCGGUCAUAGGUUUUAUGCAUUUUUGGGCACGGUACCAAAAGGCUGAAAUCGAUGCUAGAUGCUUGAGGAGUGCGACUUGCCUGCCGUUUACGCGAUACGAAAAUAAAAAGGCAUUCAGCAACGUUCUGGAUGAUUUGUUAGCGUAUACUGAUCACCGUAACGACGGUUAUUUAAAUUAUAUUCGUGCCAGACUUUUGUUUCGCUUAAGGAGAAUACCAGACGCUCGUGAGGCCCUUUUAACAAGUAUCAAUCAGACGCCCUACAAUUGGCUCGCCUGGUCAUUUCUGCCGAAAUUCGUCGACAGUAAAGAGACGCUCGCUGAGAUUUCGGCGUUACUUUAUCGGCAUUGGCUAAAGCGACUCUUUAUCGCCGAGGCUCGGGGUAGAAUACUGCCAUUUACUCAGGACGAAGACGUGACCGCAAUCUACGCCGAGAUGUUGGACACCUUCCGAGGCUCACCCUAUAUUCUAACACAAAUGGCCAUUCAACAACAAAAUCAACGGCAGGUGUUUUCUGCAAUCGAGCUCUUCAGGCAGAUUCGCGUAUUGGAUCCUUAUCGUCUAGAUCAUCUGGAUGUCCUAUCAAAUUUGCUUUACGUAUGGAAUUCCGAGUCGGAGUUGACGUAUCUUGCUCAUUUCUGUAUAGAAGUCGAUAAAUAUCGUAAAGAAACCUGUGCAGUCAUCGCAAAUUACCUCUCAUUAAGAGGCCAGCACGAUAAGGCGAUCGCCUAUUACCGAAGAGCAUUAACAUUAGAUCCGGAAUACGCGCAGGGAUGGACACUCAUGGGUCACGAGGGUCUUCAAAUUAGAAACACAUGUCUGGCCAUGGAAGCGUAUCGUAAUGCAACUGCCAUCGACCCACGAGACUACCAUGCUUGGUACGGGCUUGGACAGUUGUUCGAAGUUAUGAAGAUGCCUUACUUUGCUCUGACGUACCAUCGGAAGGCAUAUGCACUUCGUCCGACGGACUCGCGUAUUAUAGUCGCAAUGGCUGAUUGCUACCAAAAACUUGGAGAAAUGGACGAUGCUAAGAAGUGCUACUAUAAAGCCUACCAAACGGGUGAUAUCGAAGGCAUGGUAUUGUUCAACUUAGCCAAGCUUCAUAAACAGCUUGGGGAGAAAGAGUUAGCCCGUGAGUGUUAUCGAAAGUUUCUUGAGGAGUGCGAAGAGCGAAAACUGGAUGAUGCCGAAGAACUUGGCGAAGCACUGGUGUACCUGGCGAAGGCCUUUUUUGAAGAGGGCAAACUUGAUGAAUCUUUAGAAAACGCACAGAAAGCUUUUAACUAUCCAUUGUGUCGAGAAGAAAGCAAGAUGGUUAUUAAGCAAGUUUCUGUCGCCAGGGGUGCGGAAGCAGCCGCUGGAGUUUCGACUUUUAGAGCAAGACAUUCGACAUCGAGGGACGGGUCUUUAAUUUCCAGGACUGGAGCAAGUAGCCUACCCACCUUCAAGUUCUCGACACCUUAGCCGACCAGAUGUUAUGGCAUAAAUUGGGUUUUACCAGUGGGGAAAUGACUAUAGAUGAAACGUAUACAUAUGUUGUGCUAUGCUGAAUUGUUCAACGUAGCUCAUAGAAAGAAAAAAAUGUACAGCAGUAGAUCUGUUUCUGUUAGGAUGUAGCCGCAUAUUACAUCGGCCUCCAUCGGGCAAACUUAUUUUACGAAUGACGUUGGAAACUAAUUAUAGCUUAAAUAUAUUUCUAAAUAUGAAUUAAAUAUCAUUCAAGUAAGCUAAAUAGUGUACUAGAAAACGAAUUUGAUUUAAACAAGUUUAGCAUGAUGUGGGGGGUUCUAGUUUUGUUUGGACUUUCGCAGAAGCGCACCUUUCUACUUACUUUUUAAUUGCGGAAAUCUUCACCUGCAUGUUCCUUACCAGCCCAUUUUUGUAAAUGGACGCGUUAAAGUGUGCGCAGUUUAUUCUUUAUAUUGACAUAGUAAAAAAUAACUUACUCGUUCUUAAACUGACUCGAAUUUACGUAGAUGAAAUAUUUAGGUGAGCAAAAAUAAAAGGUUAUAUAGCAAUCUGCAAAAUACCGAGGUGUUUCAGGUUCACACCUCCCAAUCGCAUGUGUCAUCGUUAGGGCAUAAUAGUUAGCUCACUUAGUUACAACGGAUCCGUUGUAAAAUCCUGUUGGUGAUUGAAUGGUACACUUGAUACAUAAAAUAACAUAUAAUAUAUAUGCCGUUAUUGCUUAUUUGCUUGCCGUUUUCACUAUUCCUACCACCUUUUUCGUGCACAAAAGGCGGCCACUUAAUAUUUUGGGUCGGAUUUG